AUGACGGAGCCCGUGACCUCCGGAGGCGGGUCCCCCGCCGGGGAAGUGGAGGAGGCCCCGGGGGACGAGCGCGGCCUGGUCAUCCACCAGCCCGCGGAGGAACCGCCCCACCGCUGCCCGCUGUGCGGCCAGACCUUCCCCCAGCUGCCCAGCCUGAUCCGGCACCAGAAGGCGCACGCGGUCCCGGGCCGCACCGCCUUCGUGUGCCCUGAGUGCGGCAAGGCCUUUGGCGUCAAGCACAACCUGGAGGUGCACCAGCGCACGCACACGGGCGAGAGGCCGUUCGCGUGCCCUGACUGCGGCCGCUGCUUCAGCCUCAAGCAGAACCUGCUGGCGCACCGGCGCAUCCACAGCGGCGAGAAGCCGCACGAGUGCGCGCAGUGUGGCCGCCGCUUCCGCGAGCCGCGCUUCCUGCUCAGCCACGCGCGCAUCCACGCGCGCGCUCCGCCGCCGCACCCGCGCCGCCCUGGGGUCUUCGGGGAGCGGCGGCCCUUCUGCUGCGCGCGCUGCGGCAAGAGCUUCGCCCGCGAAGGCGCCCUCAAGACGCAUCAGCGCAGCCACGGCCAUGGCGCCGACGGCACCGCGACGCAUAGGGCCUGCGCGCUGUGA